CAAACCUUUGAACAAAAAAGAAAUGUACACCUUACAACCGAACAUUCAAAAUAUAUCUUCUCUUAAUAUAAAAAAGGACAAUUUUCUGGAUUCUAUUAAAUUAUCUCAACCUAUCGUUAAACCACUUACUGUACCUCAAACUCAAAACACUUCUUCGUUAUUAAAUAUUUCGAACAUUUGCAACUCUAAUCCGAGUCGUGACCGUUUAUUUGACUCUAAUCAAAUACAACCGCAACAACAAAAUCAACAAUCAUGGAUAAAUCAUAAUAAUUGGAGCAUUGAUCCA